AUGACGAAUAAUUACGCGAAAAUGGGCAGAAGAGAGGACCCCGCUUGGGCCAGCGGCACCGUGGGGCUGCUGGCGGCGAGGGAGCGUGGGGAAGUGGAUAGAAAGUUUCAGAGUCGGCUUACGGUGACCCGACCUAUGAUCGACAGAUUGGGACUGGAGAAGGAGCUGCACGGGCAUAUGGGAUGUGUUAAUUGCCUGGAGUGGAACCACGAUGGAUCAAUCCUGGCAUCAGCUUCUGACGACCUUCAUGUCAUGCUGUGGGAUCCCUUCCGCUACAAAGAGCUUAUGAACAUAGCAACUGGACAUACUGGGAACAUAUUCUCUGUAAAGUUCCUAUCCCCGGACGUGAUAGCAACAUGCGCGGCGGACGGCACGGUUCGCGCACGCAGCGUCAACUCCAACGCGCCGCUCCUGGAGUGCGUGUGUCACUGCGCACGAGUCAAGCGCCUCGCCACUGCCCCUGACAACCCACAUCUACUGUGGUCUGCCGGGGAAGACGGACUUGUAUUGCAACAUGACUUGCGCAUGUCACACAGCUGUAACCCAGACUCAGCCAACGUGCUCGUGAACUUACUGAACCACUUAGGACGGUACGCUGAGGCUAAAUGCGUUGCUGUAAACCCCCGCCGUCCCUAUCAGCUCGCAGUCGGAGCCAACGACUUCUAUGUACGGCUCUACGAUACUAGGAUGAUCAAAUUGGCUAGAUUACAGUGUGUGGCCCCGCAGACGAGCGGGCCGGCGUCGCGCCAGAUGUGGGAGCGCCAGAACAUGCGCUGCUCGCGCGCCGGACACGGGGACCCCGACAACAACAUCCCGCGCGCCGCCGUGCACUACUUCGCGCCCGGCCACCUCUCAAUGGAGCCGAAUGAGCACACGUUCCCUAAGAAGGCUACGACAUACGUAGCAUUCAGUAAUGAUGGGAACGAACUGCUCGUCAACCUCGGCUCCGAACAGAUAUACAUAUUCGACAUAAACGCAGCACGGCGGCCGGUUUUGGUGGAGAGCUUCAUCAUCCAGCACAACCACGGGAAUAGAACCUCGGACGCCAAGCAGCCGCUGAGGAAUGGCACCAAUGGAACCACUCCCCCCCCUCAGCCACCACCGCCACAACUACCUGACCGCGUCAGGCAACUUAAAGAAAUGGCGAAUGACUUCGUGAACAAGGGCAGCUACCCGACGGCCGUGGAGUACUACAACGAGGCCAUCGCGCUCUGUCCCGACUGCGCCAUACUCUACUCCAACAGAGCCGCCGCGCUCAUGAGGCGAGGCUGGUCGGGCGACACAUACGCGGCAAUAAAAGACUGUUACAAGGCUAUAAAGCUGGACGCGUCGCACGUGAAGUCCCACUUCCGGCUGGCGAAGGGCCUGAUGGACCUGAAGCGAGCGCGCGAGGCCCACGAGUGCCUGCUGUACUUCAAGGACAAGUUCCCUCGCCACGCCACCAGCCACGCUGUCUUCUUGCUGCAGAAGGACAUCAACGUCGCCUUGGAGAGCAUGGAGACUACGCCAGAUGAAGCAGCCGCGGAGGCGGAGGACAGCCAGCCCACGUCCGUCCUCGAGCGACAACUGCGGGGCGCCGCCCUCGACUACUCGCAGCGACUACUGGGACACUGCAACACUACCACCGACAUCAAGGAGGCCAACUUCCUCGGACCUGAUGCCAACUAUAUCGCUGCGGGUUCGGACGACGGCAGCCUGUUCAUCUGGUGUCGUAAGUCUGGGAAUAUAAUCCGCUGCAUGCGCGGAGACGACUCCAUCCUCAACUGCAUCCAGCUGCAUCCCUCCAUGUUCCUGCUGGCCACCAGUGGCAUCGAGACCGUGGUGCGGCUCUGGAGUCCACGACCUGAGGAUGGCAAAGAAGAGAGCCGCAUCAUCCGUGACUCUGGGUCUGCAGCGCAGGCUAACCAGCAGCGCAUGCGCAGCGACCCAUUCGAGGCCAUGCUACUCAACAUUAGCUUCGCCAGCGGAAACGUGGACAGGGACCUGCACUCCCCCGCCUGCAGGCCUACAUAG